UGGGGUGCUCAGGGGAGGUCAGCCACAGUCAGGGACAGUCAGAGGAUUCAGCUGUCCCUGCACCAUGAGUGUCUCUGUACUGAGCCUCACCAGACCCUUGGGCAGUGUCUCCGGACUCCUGCAAGUGGCCUCUCUGCUAGGCCUGGCUCUGCUGUUGCUCAAGGCAGCACAGCUCUACCUGCACAGGCAGUGGCUGCUCAAAGCAGUCCAGCACUUCCCGUCCCCUCCUUCCCACUGGCUCUUCGGGGACAUCCAGGAGUUCCAAGAUGGCCAAGAGCUACAAAACCUUCAGAAAAGGGCAGAGAAAUACCCGUGCGCCAGUCCUCGCUGGCUGUGGGGAAGCAAAGUUACCCUUGAAGUCUAUGACCCGGACUACAUGAAGGUGAUCCUGGGGCGAUCAGACCCAAAGCGUCGUGACUCCUCCAGAUUCCUGGCUCCCUGGAUAGGGUACGGUUUGCUCCUGUUGAAUGGGCAGAGGUGGUUCCAGCACCGGCGGAUGCUGACCCCAGCCUUCCACUAUGACAUCCUGAAGCCCUACAUGCGGCUCAUGGCCGACUCUGUCCAUGUGAUGCUGGACAAGUGGGAGGACCUCAUCAGACAGAACUCAUAUCUGGAGAUUUUUGAGCAUGUCUCCUUGAUGACCUUGGACACCAUUAUGAAGUGUGCCUUCAGCUACCAGGGCAGCCAGCAAGCAGACAGGAUCUCCCAGUCCUACAUCCAGGCCAUUGAAGACCUGAGCAACCUGUUUUUUUCCCGAGUGAGGAAUGCUUUCCACCAGAAUGACAUCAUCUACAAGCUGACCCCUGAAGGCCGCUGGAACCACCGGGCCUGCCAGCUAGCCCAUCAACACACAGACGGAGUGAUCAAGCUGAAGAAGGCUCAGCUGCAGGAGGAGGGAGAGCUGGAGAAGGUCAGGAGCAAGAGGCACUUGGACUUCCUGGACAUC